AUGGAAUUUGGAGUUCAAGAAAUUUUAGUGAUAAUUUCGGGAGUUUUAUUUACUAUUUAUUAUUGGACUGUCUCUACACACAAUCAUUGGAAGCGUAUGGGAAUUUCUGGGCCAAGGCCAUCGCCGCUAGUUGGUAAUAUGGGUUCUUUUUUUGUGGGAAAAGUGUCUAUAGUCGAACUGUUGGAUAAUUUGUACAACAAGUGGAAGAACGAAAGAUUUAUCGGAAUCUUCAACGGGCGUACUCCGGUUUUGAUGGUUAUGGACCCCGAUUUAGUUCGGAAUAUUUUAAUAAAAGACUUUAAUAUCUUCCCGGGUCGCGGAAUGCACAUUAAUGAAGCCGAUCCUUUGGCUCAAAAUUUAUUCGCCAUUGAUGGUCAUAAAUGGAAAGUUAUAAGAAGUAAAUUAACUCCCAUAUUUACAACGGGAAAAUUGAAACAAAUGGUUGAUUUGAUGAUCGAGUGUGUUGAACACUUUGAAAAGUAUCUUAAAAAUCAAGUUGGCAGUGGCAAAGUUGUUGAUUGUCGUGAAGCUGCAGCGAAAUUUACCACGGACGUAAUCGGCAGCUGCGCUUUUGGGAUUAACAUGAAUGCUCUUAACAGAGAAGACAGCCAGUUUAGGAUAAUAGGAAGAAAAAUUUUCGAAUCGUCUUAUUUAAAGUUGUUAAAGCGAUUGUUUCAGGAAGCCACUCCAAGAUUUUGCAGGCUUAUCGGGAUGAAAGGAAUGCCUAAAGAAAGUAUCGAUUUCUUUGUUAAUACUAUAAGAGAGACAAUGGAAUUUCGCGAAAAAAAUAAUCUAGUUCGACAUGAUUUAGUUGACAUUUUGAGAGAUAUAAAGAAAAAUGAAAAUGAAAUUGAUUUUGAGAUUACGGAAAAUUUAUUGGCUGCCCAGGCGUUCGUUUUCUUCGCAGCGGGUUUUGAAACUUCUUCAACGACAAUUUCUUUCGCUUUGUAUGAACUGGCGCUUAAUCUUAAAGCUCAAGAAAAAUUAAGAGCUGAAAUUUUGAAAAGUUUAAAAAAACACAAUGGUCAAUUGUCCUACGAUAUCGUUAACGAAAUGAAGUACCUCAAUAUGGUUUUAGAAGAAACACUGAGAAAAGAUUCACCAGCAGGGCUAUUGAUAAGAAAGUCAGUGGAACCUUAUAAAAUACCAGACAGCAACAUAACUUUGCCGGCCGGUACAACAAUACAAAUACCAGUCUACAGUUUUCAUCACGACGAGCAAUACUAUCCGAAUCCAAAAGUUUUUGACCCGGAAAGGUUCAAUGAAAAUGAGAAGAGACAUCCAAUGGUUCAUUUACCUUUCGGUGACGGCCCUAAAAAUUGUAUUGGCUCGAGAUUUGCUGUUUAUCAAUCAAAACUAGGAUUAAUUGCAGUACUAAAGAAUUUUAGAGUUACACCUUCAAAAUCAACACGCGUGCCAUUCAAAAUUGAUAGUAAAGCUUUGGUUCUUUCAGCAGUCGAAGGAAUAAAUUUGACGCUUGAACCUUUGAAAU